AUGCAGCUCUUCCUACAGUGCGAUAGGGCAGACAGUCUCUCCCUGUUUGACCUCACUUCUGGUGCCUCUACUGCCCCUGCUGCUGAUGCUGAUGCCACUGUUCGCUCACAGUGGGCCACGCGCGAUGCUGCUGCCCGCCUUGCUGUGCGCCGUCACUUACCGACCGCUGAGCGUGCGCAUUUUAGUCAGUACAAGAGUGCUGAGACCUUGUACGACGCUGUAGUUGAACCCUACUCUUCCCCUGCCACUGCUGCUCUUAGCCGCCUCAUACUGCCAUACCUCUUCCCUGACCUCGCCGCUUUUCCCACAGUCGCUGACCUCAUUACGCACCUUCGCACUAGUGACAUUCGCUACCACGCUGCGCUUCCUGCUGAGUUCUACGCCAAGAACCCCCCCCCCUAUGUACAUCACCCUCUACUACAUAGUCACCCUCGGUCGGUGCGGCGUCUGCCCCUAGCGGGAGACGCGACUCAGGCAAGGGCUAGGGGGGCAAGGGCGCUAGAGGAGCUGGCGGGGGCGGUGGAGGUGGCGGUGGAGGCGGCGGAGGGGGUGGGGGUGGCGGUGGGAGUGGUGGCGGGGGUGGGGGUGCUAGUGGCGGCAGUGGAGGCGGAGGAGGAGGCGGUGGUGGCGGUGCGGGCGGAGGUGGCGGAGGUGGAGGCAGUGGUGGAGGUAGCGGCGGUGAAGGUGGAGCUGGUCGGGGCGGCUCUACGCAGAGGGUCGGCCCCGGUGGUGCGAGGUGGGGGUGCUGGCCCCUGUACCUACGUCCUCCGUACCAGCGACCGCGCGGGUGAGCAGUGUGGGGGUCCGCACUCCACCCAGCGCUGCUUUGGCCGUCUGACGGACGCUUGGCGUCACCAGUUCCCCGACGCUACUGAGAUCCCUCGCUGGGGCGAGCUGUUUAGGGCGGGUGUUGCGAUCUUUGAUCUUGAUUAUGAUGCUAUUCUUGCUGCCAUGUAUGCUGUGACCAUUAGUGAUGAGGGUGACUGUUACCGGUGUUUUCCGCCUGACGCGGGCAUUGAGGCUGCUGCUCUAGGUGCUGGUGAGGCUGCUGCUCUAGAGGCCAGUGAGUCUGCUGCCCCAGGUGCUGGUGAGUCUGCGCUCUCAGGUUCCGCGUCGACUCCGGCCACCCACACCUUCACCCUUGACUCGGGUGCUUCCCGCUCCUUCUUUCGAGACCGCACCACACUCACGGCGCUUAGUCGGCCAGUGGUAGUCUCCCUGGCAGACCCCACUGGGGGUCCUGUCCUUGCCCAGUUCUCCACUGUCCUACCGUGUCCGGCGGCCCCUUCUGGCACCCUGUCAGGUCUUUACCUCCCCUCGUUCUCUACAAACUUGGUGAGUGGUGCUGACCUCCAGGAUGCAGGGGUUCACCAGUUCACUCCUACGAGUCAGCGAGCGACCCACUGUACCUGUGCUCGGACGGGCCGUCACUUGGCCACGUUUACCCGUCAGCCGGGGUCGAGCUUAUACAAACUGACUACUGAGUCUCCUCCAGUCGCUCAGUCUGCUCAGGUAGCCGCGUCGGGUCAGAUGUUUGCUGCGGCAUCCAGGUCUGGCCCUGAGUCUGCCCCCUACUCGUGUCGUCUCCUGUCUCACCAGACUCUCCUCUGGCACCACCGCCUUGGUCACCCCUCCCUGCCACGUCUUCGAGGCAUGGCUUCCCGUGUCCUUGUCUCUGGUCUUCCCCGGUCCCUCCCUCCCCUUCCUCCGGGGCCUGCCCCCACCUGUGAUCCCUGCGUCGAGGGGCGGCUUCGCGCUACUCCUCACUCCUCCGAGUUCCCUCCGACAGAGGCUCCGCUGCAAACGCUUCACAUGGACGUGUGGGGCCCAGCCCGCGUCCGUGGACAGGGUCACGAGCGUUACUUCCUGCUGGUGGUUGACGACUACUCGCGUUACACCACGGUCUUCCCUCUUGCGCCGCAAGGAGGCGAAGAGUUCUCCUCUAACCUUCUGCGAGCGUUCGGUCGUGCACGAGGCAUCCACCAGACGUUCACGCUUCCGGACUCUCCACAGCAAAAUGGGAUUGCUGAGUGCCGCAUUGGCAUGGUCAUGGACAUCAACCUUCAGCCCUGGGUCUCCAUGCCGGAGACCUCCCCUACUCUCCGGUGGACGGGGAAGGUUAGCGAUGCGUCUGCGUUCCGUGUCUGGGGAUCUCGGGCGUUUGUCCGCGACUUGUCUGCGGACAAGCUGUCCCCUCGUGCUGUUCCCUGCGUCUUCCUUGGCUUCCCCCCUGACGCGCCACGCUGGCAGUUCUACCACCCCACCUCGCGCCGUGUUCUGGCCUCCUAG